AUGGACCAUGAAAUCAAUGCUUUGGAGCGCAUGCUGCUGGAUGAAAGCGCAGAGCCAACAGAUCUGCCAUUUUCACUUCUACAAGACAUCACAAACUGUUUCUCUGACGACCGGCGAAUCGGCAGCGGCGGGUUUGCGGUUGUUUAUAAGGGGAUGACCAGACAUGGGAUGGUCGCUGUAAAGAAGCUGUCCAAACUCUUUGACAUAGAAGAGAAGAAGUUCCACAAGGAGGUUGAAUGCUUGGUGAAGGCCAAGCACAAGAAUAUAGUACGAUUUCUGGGAUAUUGCGCUGAAACACAAGGUAAAAUUGCGGACUACGAGGGGAAGUUUGUCAUUGCAGAUACACGCAACUGGUUGCUCUGUUUUGAGUAUGUACCCAAUGGGAGCCUUGAUAAGUAUAUUGCAGACCCAUUUCAUGGAAUUGAAUGGAGGGAGCGCUUUGAGAUAAUUAAGGCAAUAUGUGAGGGCUUACAUUAUCUUCAUGGCAAGCGUAUUCUUCAUUUGGAUCUCAAGCCUGAGAAUAUACUGAUAGAUGAUCACAUGGUACCCAAAAUUGCUGAUUUUGGUCUUUCGAGGUGCCUUAGUGAAGAGCAAACCCAGGUUUUCACUACACACCUAUGCGGAUCGUGCGGAUAUUUGGCACCCGAAUUCUUUAGUGGACAACUGACAUUCGCGUCUGACAUAUAUAGUCUUGGUGUUGUAAUUAUGGAGAUACUAACAGGAAAGAAGGGGUAUCCAGAAGAUGAGAACGUAGUUGAAAAUUGGAGGAAUCGGCUGGAGGGGGGCAUGCAGUUGGAGCAAGUAAGUGUAUGCACUCAUAUAGGGAUAGAGUGCAUGGAGCCGAACCCGAAGAAAAGACCGGCCGUACGGCAUAUAGUCGAUAGGCUUGCUGAAAUAGCAAGUAUUGUCCAAACAGACAUCACUGCUGCAUCAGUUGAGCAGCAGGUAAGCUUCGAGCAGCACAGAAUAGUAAGUACUUCUACAAAUGAAAUAGAGGAUGGUGCACAACGUCUUCAAAGGCUUCAAAAUGACCAAUGCCAGGAGAAGGAAGAUCAAUGGUCAAUACGGGGAUUGCAAGAUACGAAUCAAGACCCGAAAUACACAGGCAUUUCAAGCUCUAACUCUGGUGUGUCCGAAAAGUUGAGAAAUUUGAACAUCUUAAACAGAAAUCCACACACGGAUUUCGUGAGGAAUGGUGGAUCUACAAUGCAGCAACCAAAUAGUUUAAAGAUCUUCCUAGAGGAGGAGCUCAAGCCUAUCUUACAUACUGACAAUUUAAUUGGAGAGAAUGAAAAUGGUGUAGUUUACCGUGGUCAGCUCAUAGAUGGGACUGAUGUUGCAAUUAAAAAGUUACGUAAUGGCAUGGGCCAGGCAGAAAAGGAGUUCAGAGUGGAAGUUGAGGAUAUUGGCCAUGUAAGGCAUGAAAAUAUUGUCUGUCUGCUAGGAUACUGCGUUGAGGGAAUCCACAGGAUACUUGUGUAUGAGUAUGUCAACAAUGGAAACUUAGAACAGUGGAUGCAUGGCGCUAUGCGGCAACACGGUGUUCUUACUUGGAAAGCUCGAAUGAAAAUUGUUCUUGGAAUUGCUAGGGCGCUUGCUUAUCUACAUGAAGCCAUAGAACCAAAAGUUGUUCAUCGUGAUAUCAAAGCAAGCAGCAUCCUAAUCGACGAGGAUUUCAAUGGGAAGCUUUCCAAUUUUGGAUUGGCCAAGCUGCUGGGUGCAGGGAAGAGCCAUAUCACAACUCGAGUUAUGGGAACUUUCGGGUAUGUGGCCCCUGAAUAUGCCAACUCAGGUCUGUUAAACGAGCAGAGUGAUGUCUACAGUUUCGGUGUGCUGCUACUAGAAGUAUUGACUGGGAGGGAUCCUAUUGAUUAUGAUCAGCCAGCUAAUAUCACCAUUAAAUCAUAUAUAUAUUGUUCUUUGGUCAAUUUCGUUGUACGGGUUUGA